AUGGAAAUGGUCAAAUUCGAGGACGAGAGCUCUCUGGCUCGUCUAUAUAACGCCGAAACUUGGCCUGGCUUCUACUCUUCUUUCUUUCCUCCUCAUCACUUCAGAUCUCAGUCUCUGCCUCUGUGCCAACAACCAUUUUUCUCUUCCGAGCCUUGUCUCUGCGCUUCGAGCUUCACCUCGAGUCAGACCAGUAGCCUAGGCUACUCAGAUAACUUCACACACAACUUCCUCCCGAGUCCACCGCCAUCAAGUCUCUCAAGCGAUUAUAGCUGCCCAGACUGCUUUUUACACCACCCACCCCCGAAUCUGCCUCCGCCCAUCCUCCCCUCCCCCAACAUCUACCGCAGUCUUUACCAAGACCAGCUCGCUCCCAUCAAGACGGAGCCUUUACCCUUUUUUACACACAACUACCUCUCGCGUCUCCCACCUCCAAGCCUCCCUUCAAACAACAGCUGCGCCUGCUGCGCCUCCGACUCUUCCACCAGCACACAGUUGCCAUCUCCUCCCCUCUCCUCCGCCUCCUCCCACCACCAAGAGGCAAUGUCUUGCUCUCCCGUCUCCGCCCCCGGAAAGUCUCCUGCUGCAGGAGUGGGAGUCUGGGUGGGUGCCAGCAGAAAGUCUCCUGCUGCAUUGGGCGCGGUCCGAGAGUCUCCUGCUGCUGUAGUGGGAGUGUCGGUCGGUGCCAGAAAGUCUCCUGCUGCAGUGGGUGCGGCCCGAGAGUCUCCUGCUGCUGUAUUGGGAGGCUCGGUGGGCGGCCCCAGCAGAGUCUUGCCGGAUCAGACCCGGGCCCAGAAGAUCCGCGCGGUGCUCGAUGAGUACGAGAUCACCUCCCCCGCCCUCAUCCAGAGGCUCAUGCCGCUGCCUGUCGGCCGAGAGGAGAAGCGAAGCUUCGUGCGGCUCCUCCGCCUCCAUGGCGUCUCGUACGCCGACAUCAAGACCCUCGGGGAGCUCAGCACCUCCCUCAGCACCCUCCGCGGCUGGGACCGCAUGAAGAAGCCCCCCUCCGAUCGCCCUCGCAUCCCGCGCUGGAACGUUAAUGACGUCGAGGUUAUGAAACGGGCCGUGGACGCGGUGGUUGGGACGAUGGGCUUGGGGUCCCCCGGCUUCUGGCGUUGUGUGGAGGAGGUGAUGGCCAGGACCGGGGCCUCCCAUCGCUUCUCUGCCCAGGCCAUCGCGGCCAAAUACGACAACAGAAGUCGGGGCGACAUCGUCCGGCAGAAGGCCAACACCAUGGCCCAGUAA